UUCUAUUUAUUGAUAUUAAAAAUUACUUAAUAAAAUCUUAAUGUCAUUUAACUCAGAUUGUUAAUUGUUAUUUCAGCAAUCUAGCAGCAGCUUUACGAAAAUGAAUAAAACGCUGUUCCACAGUUGCCGUCUAAAAAAUACUUUAAUUUAUUAUUGUCCUCGACGAAGAAUUGAAACCAUUUCUAAACAAAGUAUUGAAAACAGUUACAAAGUACUUAACUUACCAGUUAAUUCAAAACAAGAGGAUGUGCGUGAAGCAUUUCUUAAAUUAGCUAAAAAGUAUCAUCCAGACUCAGGGUCUCCAGAUGCAAAUAUAGAAAAGUUUGUUGCUAUAGAGAAUGCAUUCAGAUUGCUGUCAAAACAUAACACUGGGGUCAGCAAUAGCAAGGAAGUGGAAAAGAUUGUGCAUGAUGUCAAACAUACUGCACCGCAGCAUCGUCAAUACUUAAGCUUCGAAGGUGUAGGUUACGGCACACCGUUCCAAAGACAGAAGCAAUGGCAACAAGCUAGAGCACAAAAGGCUGCGGAAAAUGUUAUGGAGCAUCGUAUAUCUAAAGCCGUAGCUACAGAUAAAGCAUUACUAAAAAAGGAGAGUUACAGUAAAAAACAUGAUGUUAAAACUAAGUAUGGUUUUGAUAGAUUAGUGGAAGAUUUAAUACAAGAGUCGAUAUCGAAGGGAGAGUUUGAGAAUUUAACGGGUAAAGGCAAACCUUUGAAAGAUCAGAAUACUAAUCCAUAUGUUGAUUUUACUACUCACAAAUUAAAUGAGGUGUUAAUAAACAAUGGAUUUACACCAGAAUGGAUUACAAUGAGGAAAGAGAUAGAUCAAGAUAUUGAGGCUUUGAAGGAAGAAAUAAAAAAUGACAGAAUGUACCUAGGUCCAUAUCCAUUGAGCGAUGAAGACACAAUUAAAUGGGAAAAAAUAUACGAGAGUAAUAAAAAUUUAGCAGAUUCUAUCAAUAUUAAAAUCAAUAUGUACAAUUUAAUAGUUCCUGUGAUGAACAAACAGAAAUUUCAUGUUGAUUUUGAUCAAAUUUGCGAGGAUAUAUUAAAGAGUGGAGAACAUUCCGUUGUCCAUAAACAACCUCAAAAACAGAUUGUAAGACAACCAACCAAUCACAAUGAAGAUAUAAUCGGAAUUUUCUUUAACGCUUUAGGUGAAUUGUUAACAUUUAAUAAAAAGAAGAAACUCAAUUAAGUUGAGUUGAUCAUUUAAAUUUAAAAAAUCU